AAAAGAAUCAGAACAAGUGAAAGAAGCAAAACAAGAUCUUCACAAUGCUUUAAAAAAGAACAGAGAGAAAAUAAAAAAUGUAAGUAAUAAUAAGCCAAUGGAAAAAGCUUCCAAUAUUAUAUGGCUUGGACAAGAUGAUGAUAAUUUAAAGAAUGAAUAUAAAAAACAUAAUAGAGAUAGAAAGAAAAGUGCAGAAGAUAUUAAUAUUUUAUCCUCUGAUAAAAAAAGGAAUAUAAUAAAUAGAAGAAAUGAUGAAUUUGCUAAAAAAUAUGAACAAGAUAAAUAUCAUUCAUAUGAUGGUCCUCAUGGUAAUGAUGAUGAUGUAGAUUCAUUUCUUCUUAAAGAUAUACAAAAUAAAAAAAGAAAAAAAGAAACAUCCUAUUCAAAAAAUGAGAUGGAAUAUGGAUAUUGUGAGCAUAAAGAUUCAUUUGAUAAAUAUAACAACAAAAAGAAAAUUAGAAAAAAUGAUGACAUGUAUCAUGAGCCUAAUAAUAAAAAUAAAUAUAAUUAUGAUAAUAAUAAUAAUAAUAAUUAUGGUAGUAAUAAUAAUAAUUAUGGUAGUAAUAAUAAUAAUUGUUAUUAUGAUAAUAUAGAACAUAAAAAAUUAAAUAAUAAAGAAGAUAAUAUAACUGAUCCAAAUCUUAAAUAUGUAUCCAAUUUGAAUAAUCAAAAUAAUUUAGAUGAUAAAGAGAAAAAAAAUAAAUUAUUAGACUCAAAAGGAAGAAGUCAUAAUUCACAUAUUAUUACGGUUUCAUCCAAUUCAUCUCUUUCUUCAGAUGAUAGCACAUCUACAAAUUAUUUACCUUCUUCGAAAAAAAGAAAGAAUAAAAAUGAAAAAUGUUAUUCUAAUAAAUAUUCAAAGGAUCCAAAUGAUAUAAUAAUAGAAGCUUCUGGAUAUAAUAUGAAAAAGAAAUCUUUAUCACGUAAUAAAAGUUAUAAAGAAGAAAAACGAAAAAACAGCAGCUUCUUAUUAAAUGAUGUAAAUGUUGAACAUGGAAUACAUAACAAAGAAUAUGAAGCAAGAGAUACGAAUACAACAAAUAAUAUAUCAAAAUCAAAUAUACAUAAAAAUAUGUUAAAAAAAUUUAAAAUUAAUUAUAAGAAUUUAUCUUCUAUGGAAAAAGAAUAUUAUAAUUAUAUGAUAAAAAAAUUAGAUAUAAAUUAUGAUGAUGAGAAGAAAGUAUUAUAUACAGAUUCUUUAUUUAACGAAAAAUUUUCAUAUAUGGUAAGUAAAGAAAAUAAGAAUUUCAAUUUUUUAGGUUAUUUAGAAUAUGCUUGUUUUUAUAUACUUGAAUGGUUAACCCCAACCAAAGAAGAGAAAUUAUUAAAACUUAAAUCUUUAAUAAAAUUAGAGUUAUUGGUGAAAUCUCUUUUUCCGAAAUCUAAGAUCGAAGUGUUUGGUUCGUAUACAUCUGGAUUAUCCUUACCUAGUAGUGAUAUAGAUGUAUGUAUUAUGAAUAUAAAAGAAAAUGAAUUAGAUUGUUUAUAUAUAUUAGCUUAUGCUUUAAUAAAAUUAAAUAUAGCAUGUGAUAUAAGAAUAAUUAAAGAUGCAAGAGUAAAGAUAUUAAAAUAUAUUGAUAAAGAAUUAGGUGUGCAAAUAGAUAUAUGUAUUAAUCAAAAAUCAUCAAAAGAAACAACUGAUUUUAUAAUAAAUCAAAUGAAAAAAUAUAUAUAUUUAAGACCCUUAGUUUUAUUAUUAAAAUUUUUUUUAAAUUCGAGAAAUUUAAAUGAAACAUAUAUAGGAGGUAUAGGUUCAUUUCUUUUGUCAUGUAUGGUGUUACAUUUUUUACAAAUGCAUAUAUCAACGUUUGAUAAUAAUCAUUUUAAUAAUACAUAUUUGAUCAAGUUAUUAAUAGAAUUCUUUUAUUUCUAUAGUAUAGAUUUUAAAUUACAUGAUGCAUGUAUAGUAGUUCGAGGAUUAGGCCAUGUAUUACCUAGACGUUUAAGAAAAGAAUAUGAAUAUAAUGAUCAGCGUUUAUGUUUUGAAAAUCCUAUAGAUACAUCUAUAGAUAUAGGUAGAAAUACUUAUAGAAUUAAAUAUAUCUUGUAUUUAUUUAGUUAUACAUAUUGUAAUUUUAUAAGUUUAAUAUCAAAAUUAAGAAAACAUUCGAAGAAUUUUUAUUUCCCAUAUAUUCCUAAUGUCGAUGAGCAACAAAACCAUACAAAUAAAAAAAAUGAAAAACGUUUAGAAAACAAAAAUAACAAAAUAAAUAAUAAUACAAAAAAAAAUUAUAUAUAUGGUUCAAAGAUUAAAUCUAAUUGUAUUUACCCUCUAUUUUAUGGAAACAUUUUUAAUCCUGAUAAUAUCAUUUUUACAAAACGUUAUAAAAAAAACUUCCCAAGUAAUGAUUGGGAUAUAAGACAUUUUGAUUUUAUAUUUACAAAACAGGAAAUAAAUAAUAUGUUUAAUAUGUCUUGUCAGGAUAUAAAUUCAUAUAUAAACAUGGAUAAUAUUAUUAUUAAUACCUAUAGUAUGUUGUAUGCAAACAUUGAUAAAAUAUUUCCCCAUUCAUUUGACGUAUAUAAUAAUAUAUUUAAAUACUCAACAAGUCAUGAUAUAUAA